UUUUCCGGCUCUUCCGAUUUUCGACACCUUUGACUGUUCCGACCUACCUCUGAUUGCCAUUGAUAAUUUCCAAAAUUUUGGGGCCAAAAAUCUUGUCUUCUUAUUGUUAGUAGGUUUGUAUACUCAUACCAUACGAACAAAAAACGAAAAUAGGACAGUCCUUCAGUGCUUUUGUAGUUUUCCCCCCUAAAAUUUUUCUUAUUUUGUAUCAAGUACGUAAAAAUUUUGGUAUAGGUAUCCAAGUAUUACCUCUUUAAAUAUUCUUAAAAUUUAACCCCCCCCCCCUUCUCUCUCUUUUUCAAUUCUCUCAUUAAUUAAAAAUCUUUCUUCUCAGUUAUUAUUCUUCUCAGAAACCAUUUAAAAAAACUCGAUUUUUUUCUAAAUUAAUUUUUAAUAGUUCUCUCUAAAAAUAUUGUCUAUUUAUUCCAAUUAUGGAAUAAAAAUAUAAAAAAUAUCGCCGUUUUAUUUUAAAAGAAGCGCAAUAAAAUAAAACAUAAAAACACGCAUUUUCUUUGUGUGUUUUAAAAAUGGGGUUCUUUUUUAUGGAAAUGGAUAGGGAGGAGGAAGGAUUGAAGAAUGGGAAGGAUUGGAGAGGGGUUAUAGUGAAGGAGAUAUAUGGGGGGAAGGGGAUGAUGAAGAUAAGGUGAAGGGUUGGAUAAUGACGGAGGUUAGAAUAGGGGGAAGGACUGCAUGGGGAGAAGGAGAGAGAGGUGGUUGAUAGCUUGGAGAGAGAGGGGGUUAUUGAGGAGGAGGAGGGGAAAGGGGAAUGGCUACUCUCUGGUCAAUCAGUUUUAGUAAUUAAAUCCUCUCUUGCUUCUUGCUACUCUCUUUUUCCAAAAAAAAAUUAAUUUUCUCCCUAAAAUUAAUUAAAUUCUCAAAAAAUGUAUUAUUAUUGCCUCUAUUCCCUUUUUAAGCCUAAAAAAUUUUUUCAAUUAAUUAUCAUAUUUAUGGCAACAAUUUCUCUAUUUGUCCUAAUAUAUUCCCCUUUAAUCUUCACUUUUUGUAAAACCAAAAAUGAAUCUAAAAAUAAUUUUUUUAAUAAUCUACUAUUUUUAACAACUCUAAAUUUGUCUAAAAUUGUCUUUAUUUGCUUCAUUUUUAUUUUAAUUUUAUUUAUUUUAUUAUUAUUUUUACGUUUUGUAGUUGAUGACAAGUGGAAGAAUGAUUUUCAAAAGGUUGAUGAGUUGCACAAAAAUGAGGUUGAUGAUGUUCGUAAUUUGCUUCAAGCUGAACAACAAACAAAAUUGGAACAGUUACAACUUGAAUUUGAACAAACUUUAAAAGAAUAUGAGAAUAAAGUGGCUGAAAUGAAGUCUCAAUUUGUUGAACAAGAAGAGAAGCAUUUACUUAAUGAAUCGCAAAGGAAUCGGAGAUUAAUGGAUGAAUUAACCAGCCGCUCUUACGAACUUCAACUAAAAAAUGAAGAGCUUGGCAAACUGAGAAGUGAGAAUCGCGAGUUGCAAUUGAAAGUUGAAACAAUAGCAGAAAAGGACGUUCAAAUAAUUAAAUUGGAAAAUAAAAAUUCGGAACUUCGAGAAGGAGUUUAUCGUCUAAAACAAAUUGAAAAAAAUUUAAUUUCACAAAUUGAUGUUUUGAAUCAUCAACUUAGUCAGGCUAUUAACAAAACUAAAGAAAUUGAAAAAGACAAGGAAAUUCUGGAAUAUCGUUUGACUGAUGAUUUCAAAUCUCCACGUUCUUCAACUACAACAACUCCUUUAAACUUUCACACUCGAACACCUUUAAUUACAACGGCAGAAAGGCCAAAUUCUUCAUGUUUGUCGUUGGGACGUUCUCAGCCUUCUCUUGAAAACGAUAUGGCAAAAUCGGUCGAUUCAGCUUUGUCUUUAGUUAAAUGUUACCAACAAGAAGGACGAUCAAAAUCGCAAAAUACUCCUACCAAAAUUUAUACUCCACGUGAAUGCUAUGAAUGUGAGUUUGCGUGAUUGAUACCAGAGGUGGGUCGGAAUUCCGAUUUCCGAGUUCCGACUUUUGAGCCAUUUCCGAUUUCCGACACCUCUUACUGUUCCGACCCACCUCUGAUUGAUACGAGACACUAAAUACCAGGGGUGUGCCAAUUUCGUAUUUUUUUCGACUUUCGAGUUUCACUUUUUAAAUUUAGUUUCGCAUUUCGCUUUUUAAAAUCUAUUUCGGCACACCCCUGCUAGAUACAGUGGAAUCUUUGUGUAGCGACGAUGAGAGGGCAAAAGAAGAAUCAUAGUAUGAUCAUAGAGUAAGACGGAAAAUGACGUAUAUGAGGGGGCACUGGGGAUCCUUUUUUUGAUUUCUUGGUCUUAAAAAUCCAGAUCUUUUGGUUCCCAUGAACUAAAAUCCGAUAGAGUUUUUGUAUAUAGGCAAUACUUUUCUAAAGUCUUCGGGAUUAAGAAGAGAAGAAAAAAAUAUUUAAAAAAUUCUAAUUUCAGUGCCAG